AUGUCUGAACAAGUGGAAAGAUGGGACUGUGCCCAAAAUGUAUUUUUUGCCACAGAUAAUGGCAACCCAGAGGAGUGUAUAGUGUGUUUAACCAACUACGAUGAUGAUCUUCAGCGUCCACGCACUGUGCCUUGUGGGCACACAUUCUGCUCACAGUGCAUUGAAACUACGAUAACUACUGAUAAUAACCAAUACUUUACCUGCCCUAGCUGCCGUACCAAGCAUAGUGCUACGACAGCUACUCAGUUUCCCAUCAACUAUGGUAUGGAGGCCUUCAUAAGGAAACAUAAAAGUAUGUUGGCAAAGCAUUGUCAAGGCUGCCCAGCAGAAACUCACAAAAAAAUACAGUUGCUGGUGAAGGAACACAAGAGCAGUAUCAGUAACCUUUUAGUUCAGUGUGACGAAGUACUGUUCCAGCUGGACAAGUACCAGGAGCAGGUGAGGGACUGGAAGACCCAGCACCACCUACUGGAGGCCAGACUCUAUGAUCUACUUGAACAAAACAAAGCAGCAAUAGAACUCCUUGAAAAGGAGAAUACUGGUUUAAUGAAUGUGGCAACAGAAGGAGAGGCAGGAAAGCAGCAGCUGCACACUUGGCUAGAGUGCCUCGACACACUCAAUACUGUAGAGGAGAUAAACAAAACCAUAACCGAAUCUGAUCCCUACAGAAAAGAAGCAGAAAAUUGGAUCCAGAAGUGUCAGCAACUCGUCCCAGAUGCCAGCAUUUUUGAUGCUUCAAAAAAGGUGAAGGUGGCCCUGAGGGAGGCUCUGGACAUGAUGACCAUGGUAAUGGGCACCACAGUUGUCCCCAUUCGCCUGGGACACACUUCCUCAGCCAUUGGGAGUCAAGUUGACAGACUUACUGCUGAAUUCUCUUUGUAUAAGUUAACAAUCGUCAGUAAGUUUGUCAGGCAGGAACGACCUCUCGUUGAAUCCUUGCUGAGCGAUUCAUUUUUCUAUGCUAUGUUUUUACUCUUCAAGGUGACUUCUGAUUAA